UUAGAAUCUUAAAGCUUUUUGUCACUUAUUUUUAUUGAUAAAAAAGAUGAAUAUCAACCAACAUUCUUUUCACUGUAAUAAAAGCCAAAUAUCCAAAGAUCAAAGUCAAAGGAAUAAGGAUCCUAUAGAAAUACUCGAAUCAUGUGUUAAUAAUUAUGAUACUAUUAAAAAAAAUCCAUCUAAUAUUGAUAACAAACAAACAUCUGAUCUAUUAAAUAAUAAGUUAAAAAAAUCGGAUGAAUAUGGUUUUAUGUAUUCAUUUCCAGAUAAAACGACUAAUUUUCAAUAUACACUAUUAUUUAUAUCAAAGAUUAGAAGUAUUUUAAAAAAUACAUCAAAAAAACAAAAAAACUGUUUAAUUCUGUGUUUUUGUCAUUUUAUUAUUGCAUUCUUAAUAUGGAAUUUUAAGUAUGCACCAUUUUCUUUAACAACAUUAGGAUCUAUUAUUAUAUAUGAUGCUAUUAAUAUGCUGUUUAUAUUUUUCUUAAAUAUUUAUGAAAAGUAUGAAGCAUGGCAUGAGAAUACAAUAAAACAUCCUUUUGGUUUAAAAAGACUCGAAGUUCUUGGGAAAUUUUCAAUGGCAAUAUUUUCAUUAUAUAUGAGUAUAAACUCUUUUAAAAACAUUAUGGAACAUAGUAUUAUAGAUUUAUUUUCAGAAAGAAAUAUUUUAAAAAGAUCAGAAUUUAGUCAAAUGACAUGGACUUUUUCCUUCAUGGUUAUUGUAAUUUCUAUUAUUAUAACUACUAUUUCAGCUAUAUAUUUUAAUAAUCGCUUUUAUUUGACUAAAGGUAUCUUUUCAUUAUCAACGGUUUUUCCUGCACUUUUAGAUCUUUUUUAUUUAAAGUCUAUUAUACCAUUAUUUAUUUUUCUUUUUAUGAUUCUGGUUUCACCUUCUACAAUAAAUACCUUUGAUAAAUAUAUGUCACUAUUAUUUGAAAUACCAAUGUGUAUUUUAAGAUAUAUUGUUAUUAAAAAAUCGGUAGGAAUAUUAAUACUGUCAUUUCCUGAAGAAAAUCUUCAAACUUGUAUCAAAGAGCUUGAAAAAGAAACAUUAAUUCAUUCAGUAAAAUUGGCAUAUAUUUUACAGCCAUAUUUUUCAUUUUAUAUUGCAAGUUUUAACAUAUCAACUAAAUGUGAUGAAAGUAUGAACUUUAAAAUUCAAGAAUUCAUAAAUAAUAUUCUCUACCGAAAUUUUAAGGAACUAAUUAAUAAUUAUGAGGAUGAGAAUAUAUUGGAAAUCAAUGUUUCUAUUGAAAGGAUAUCUAUUUAAGUUUUAAAAAAUAAUAAAAUAAUUCAAUAUUUAAAUAAUCC